AUGCUCGUAGCGCACAACGAGCGGUCCCUCGCCACGCUACCUUCGAUUGUUAAAAGGUUCUGCAAAUUGGCCAUCAACAAGGCGUUGGCAAAGCAGAGCGAAGCAGCCGAGGAGAAGUCCGUGAUGCCACUGUCUCAAAUUGAGAUCACUGGGUGCAAAGACUGCACGUUGAUAUCGAGCGUGUUCAUCUCAGAGAUCCCACACACGUCGUUGGAAGAGGUGUAUGCGGCUGUGCUAGCGUACUUCGACGCCAUUCCGGUGUCGAUGAAGAAGCAUUUCGGUGUUGAAGCGAAGCGGACGAGACUGAACGAUGCAGAAUCUUCUGUGGUUUACCGCCGCUCAACUUUCAACGGCUCUGGAGUGCCAGCGACUGUGAACAACAUCGUCUGCUCGGAUCUUACUGCAUCACACGGCAUGGUUCACAUCGACGCUGUGAUGGAGGAUCCUCUGCACCCAGUGUCUGAACUAGCAUCGUCGCAGUACGGAAUCUGCGGUCUCACCAUAACUCCUCGGAAAGAGCCUGUGACGGGGAAAACCGCUUCUGUGACGAUGCGUUGGGUGGUCGUGUACCGCUACAAUAUGCUGCCGUGUGACCCCGCUGUUAAGGAGGACCUAGAAAUCGUCCGACCUAUUCUAAACGGUGACCUCAUCACGGCGUCCGUGUGUACCUUCAUUCAGCAGAAACAAUCCGCAACAAAGGCCACUGAAGCUUCCUAA